ACACACUCUUAAUUCUUGGAAUUUUAAUUAAACCGAAUGAGGACAUGGAUGCAACGUAGCUGCAUUUUUUUUACAUCGUAAAUACUGUUUCCCAGAAACAACGUACCUACAAGAUGCUCAAUAGUAGUUGAUAUUGCCCAGCUGUACAUCAUCAUCAAUAUCAUCAAAGAAGACACAAGUUCUUCGGGUCGGUCAAGUGCACAAUAUAGUCUUGACGUAUUGAAAUCAUCCCUCUUUCAAAAAAAAAAAAAAUCCCAAGACUCCCUGUGUCUAGGUCUGACUGUCAACAGCAGCAUCAUCAUUUCUAGUAUUCUAGCAGCAUCGCCAUCAGCAGCAACCAACACGAGAAAAGGAAAUAGAGCACAACGCACUAUAUAGAAUCCAACUUCAAACAAAAACAAGCUAUAGCAAACAAAUGCGCCGUGUAUCUUUCUGUGUACUGAUGUCGUGUAUCUGUUAGAUAUAGUUUGUGUAUCUGCUCAGCAUAAUCGUGGUGAAUUUAUUCAAUGAAAAGCAAAUACGAAUAAAAAAAAAAAAAACUACAUUAAUCCGAUUGAGAAAUUCAAAUUAAAGUGUGAAGUGCUGUUUGAUUUAUUUUUUUUUUUUCAUUUUAAUUUUAUUUUUAUUUUGAGUUGUGCAUAAUAAAAAGGGGUAAAAAAAAAGGUGUACCAGCUGCCGGAACGCAAUCUUCGCUCUGGUCGUGUUUUUAACACCAAGUGUCCCGCAUAUAUCGUCGUCCGUCAUUGUGUGUUAUCGAAAUCGAAUUGAAAUCGUGUUGUUGUCGUCGUCAUCCGUUUGUGGCGCGUCGGUCGGUGUUGGAGCGGAGGGAAGUCUCUCAAACAAUAUACAGCUUGUCUCUCCUCUUGUUUCAAAUAUAUACACAUCUCGAACGAGCCUAUUGUGAUUGUUUGACGGUCCACGAUAUAGCUCGCGCAAAAAAAAUUUGCUGAAAAAAAAACGCAAACAAAAACGCGCAAAAAAGGGGUGUAAUUUGUGAAGGUGAAUGGACCCCGUUGUUGUUGGUGCUACCAUACGUCGCCGUAUUGUCGAUCAACUAGUUUCGAUAUUUUUUUUUUUCGUUUUUUGUUAAUCAUUUUGUUGUUUAUUCUUAUUCAACAAACUGAGCGCAAUUGAAGAGCUUUUUGGUUGCAGUUGCAUCAGCUAUCAACAUCAUCAACAUCAUCAGCUUCAGCAGAUUUCUAGCAGAACAACCCUUUAAUUUUUUUUUUUUUUAUUUUUUUCCACUUGAAGUAUCCUCAGCUCGCGGGUUUUUCAUUAUAACUCGUAAAUGUUAAUGCAGUUGUUGUUGGUUUUAUCGGUAUUGUCGCUGAGAUCGACGACGACGACGGUCGUUUUGUUUUUAUGAGUGAGCAAGUGAAGUGAGCACGGGGAAUAUAUAUUCAUAUUAUGUCGCUAAAAACAGCUACGACAUCAGCAACCCUUAAGAAGAAUUAUAGGGUUCAGCUUCGGCAGCACAAAGUUUCAUCGAGGAGGAUAUUCAAAACAAUUCAGUUAUUACUAUGGUCCAGCGUAGCAUUGUUGCAUGUUAUUUGUGGCGGUGGUUCAACGAAUGCAUUUACGGGCGCUGCAGCUGAACCCUAUGGGGGUGGCAUCACUAGUGUUGGGAUACAUAUACCUGGCGGUGGUGUUGGCAUCCUCAGUGAGACAAGAUGUCCGCGGGUUUGUUCGUGUAAUGGAUUAACUGUCGAUUGUUCGCAUCGUGGAUUGACACAAGUUCCACGAAAGAUAUCUGCAGAUGUCGAGAGAUUAGACCUCCAAGGAAAUAAUAUCACAGUGAUAUUUGAGUCAGAUUUCCAGCACUUGACCAAACUGCGAAUAUUACAACUAACUGACAAUCAAAUCCACACGAUAGAGAAGGAUGCCUUCCAGGAUUUAAUCUCACUCGAGAGGCUACGCCUAAACAACAAUCGGCUUAAGGCAAUUCCUGAAAACUUUGUGACAAGUUCAGCGAGUCUUUUGCGAUUGGACAUCUCACACAAUGGCAUUACGACAAUUCCAAGGAAAGCCUUCAAAGGUGCUCAAUCGAUGCGAAGCCUCCAAAUGGACAACAAUCAAAUUAUGUGCAUGGACGAGCAGGCGUUCAAGGGUCUUGUCGACUUGGAGAUAUUAACUUUAAACAACAACAAUUUGACGAUGCUGCCGCACAAUGUCUUCACCGGACUGGGAAGAUUACGAGCCCUAAGGCUAUCUGACAAUCCGUUUUCGUGCGAUUGCCAUUUAUCUUGGCUGUCGAGAUUCUUACGCAGUGCUCCGCGGCUGGCACCGUACACAAAAUGCCAUUCGCCGAGUCAGUUGAAGGGCCAAAACGUGGCAGAUCUGCACGAUCAGGACUUUAAAUGCUCAGGAUUGACAGAGAACGCCCCAAUGGAGUGCGGUGCAGCAAGCAGUUGUCCACACCCAUGUAGGUGUGCUGAUGGCGUUGUAAAUUGCCGAGAGAAAAGCCUCACGAAUGUGCCCAACUCCCUCCCGGAUGACACCACUGAACUUCGAUUGGAGCAGAAUUACAUCACCGAACUUCCUCCGAAGGCAUUUGCGAAUUUCCGCAGACUAAGGCGGAUCGAUCUAUCGAACAAUAACAUCUCCCGGAUAGCACACGAUGCCCUGAGUGGUCUUAAGGCUUUAACAACGCUGGUUCUAUAUGGCAACAAGAUAAAAGACUUGCCCUCGGGAGUAUUUAAGGGCCUAUCAUCGCUGCAGCUACUUCUGCUUAAUGCCAACGAGAUAUCGUGUAUAAGAAAGGAUGCAUUCAAGGAUCUACACAGUUUAACGUUGCUCUCCCUGUAUGAUAACAACAUUCAGUCGCUAGCAAAUGGAACUUUCGAUUCAAUAAAGAACAUCAAGACUCUUCACCUCGCAAGGAAUCCAUUCAUAUGUGAUUGCAACUUAAGAUGGCUUGCCGAUUACCUGCAUAAGAAUCCCAUCGAGACGAGCGGAGCUAAGUGCGAUGCACCGAAGCGAAUGCAACGCAGACGAAUCGAAUCGCUCCGCGAUGAGAAAUUCAAAUGUUCAACUGAUGAGCUUCGCACGAAAAUGACCAAUGAAUGCCGAAUGGAUACUGAAUGUCCCUCGACGUGCCAUUGUGAUGGAACAACCGUGGAUUGCUCUGCACGUGGAUUAAAGGAAAUUCCUCGAGACAUUCCUCUUUAUACAACCGAACUUUUACUCAACGACAACGAAUUAGGGCGAAUUAAAUCAGAUGGACUAUUUGGUCGCUUACCGAAUUUGGUUAAACUCGAUUUAAAACGCAAUCAAAUCACCGGAAUCGAACCGAAUGCAUUUGAAGGAGCCUCUAAAAUCCAAGAUCUACAACUGGGAGAAAAUAAAAUCAAAGAGGUUCAUAAUAAAAUGUUCCUCGGACUACACUAUCUUAAAACAUUGUCACUCUAUGACAACAUGAUUUCCUGCGUUAUGCCGGGCUCAUUUGACUUUUUGACAUCCCUGAAUUCACUAAACCUAGCAUCGAAUCCGUUCAAUUGCAAUUGUCAUUUGGCUUGGUUCUCAGACUGGUUGCGUAAAAAAGGACUGAUUGGUGGUGCAGCACGAUGUGCAUCGCCAUCCAAGGUACGUGACGUUCAAAUCAAGGAUCUGCCCCACAAUGAAUUCAAAUGCACACCGGACAACAAUGAAGGUUGCCUUGGCGAUGGUUAUUGUCCGCCUUCGUGUACGUGCACUGGCACCGUAGUACGUUGCUCAAGAAAUAAAUUGAAUGAAAUACCCAAAGGAAUACCACCCGAAACAUCUGAAUUGUAUUUGGAAUCGAAUGAUAUAACAAUGAUUCAUAUGGACCGCAUUGCUCAUCUAAAAUCAUUGACUAGAUUAGAUCUGAGUAAUAAUCAAAUUACAAUUCUUUCCAACUACACUUUUGCUAAUCUCACGAAGCUGUCAACUCUGAUAAUCUCUUACAAUAAACUGCAGUGCCUACAAAGACAUGCUCUAACUGGGUUACAUAAUCUACGGGUACUAUCCUUGCACGGUAAUCAAAUAUCGAUGCUUCCGGAAGGCUCCUUUGAAGACCUCAAAACCAUAACGCAUAUAGCUCUAGGUAGUAAUCCUCUGUAUUGUGACUGCUCACUGAAGUGGUUCUCAGAUUGGAUAAAGUUGGAUUACGUUGAGCCCGGUAUUGCACGAUGCGCUGAGCCCGAAUCGAUGAAGGACAAAUUGAUCCUAUCAACACCGUCGCAACAUUUUGCCUGCAAGGAGAAAAUCAGCAAUGAGAUCCUUUCGAAAUGCGAUGCGUGCUAUACGAUGCCAUGCCAAAAUAAGGGCGAAUGCAAUCCACUACCGCAACGUGAUUAUCAAUGCCGUUGUCAGCCCGGUUACCAUGGACGACAUUGUGAAUUCAUGAUUGAUGCUUGCUAUGGUAAUCCAUGUCGAAACAAUGCGACAUGCACUGUUCUGGAGGAGGGUCGUUUCAGUUGCCAAUGUUCGCCGGGUUACACUGGUGUCAGAUGUGAGACAAACAUUGAUGAUUGCAAUGGCAACAAGUGCCAUAAUAAUGCUACAUGCAUUGAUGGUGUGGAAUCUUAUACAUGUAAUUGUCAGCCUGGAUUUAAUGGUGAAUUUUGUGAUUUAAAAAUUAACUUUUGCUCACCGGAAUUCAAUCCUUGUGCCAACGAAGCCAAAUGCGUGGACCAUUUCACUCACUACACGUGCGAGUGUAUGCCGGGCUUCCAUGGUGUCAAUUGCACAGAUAACAUCGACGAUUGCCAAAAUCACAUUUGCCAAAAUGGUGGCACUUGUGUAGAUGGCAUAAAUGAUUAUGUAUGCAAGUGCCCCGAGGAGUACACGGGUAAAUAUUGUGAAGGCACCCCAAUGGUCGCCAUGAUGUAUCCCCAAACAUCGCCAUGCCAAAAUCACGAAUGCAAGCACGGUGUAUGCUUCCAGCCGAAUCCCUCUGGUUCGGAUUACCUUUGCAAAUGUCAUCCAGGCUAUUCGGGCAAAUGGUGCGAGUAUCUGACCAGCAUCAGUUUCGUUCAUAACAAUUCGUUUGCCGAAAUGGAACCGUUGCGUACGAAGCCCGAAGCUAAUGUUACCAUAGUGUUUAGCAGUACACAACAAAAUGGAAUUUUGAUGUAUGAUGGAGAGAGUGAGCAUUUGGCCGUGGAAUUGUUCAAUGGGCGUAUACGGGUUAGCUAUGAUGUGGGUAAUUAUCCAGUAUCUACGAUGUAUAGUUUCGAGAUGGUAGCUGAUGGGAAAUAUCAUAUGGUUGAGCUGUUGGCCAUCAAGAAGAAUUUUACUUUGCGUGUGGAUCGAGGGUUGGCACGUUCAAUUAUCAAUGAAGGUUCAAAGGACUAUUUGAAAUUGACGACGCCAUUGUUUUUGGGUGGCCUUCCUGCCGAGCCCGGUCAACAGGCUUAUAAAAACUGGCACUUGAGGAAUUUGACUAGUUUUAAAGGUUGCAUGAAGGAGGUUUGGAUAAAUCAUAAGUUAGUUGAUUUUGGAAAUGCGGCAAGGCAGCAAAAAAUCACACCAGGCUGUGGUUUGCUGGAGGGCGACAAUUUAGAGGAUGACGAUGAGGAGUCAUAUUUUAUGCAUGAAACGCCACACACAUACAAAGAGGUUGAUCCAUGUGAAAAUCACAAGUGCAGAAGAGGUGGUAGGUGUCUAGCGAAUAGCAGUUCAAAGGAGGGCUACAUCUGCAAGUGCAAACAAGGCACAAAAGGCAGAUAUUGCGAUCAAGGUGAGGGCAUCACAGAGCCCCCUGCAGUCACUGCAGCUUCUACUUGUCGAAAAGAACAAGUACGUGAAUACUACACUGAGAAUGACUGUAGAUCGCGGCAGCCACUUAAAUACGCUAAAUGCGUUGGCGGUUGCGGUAACCAAUGCUGUGCUGCCAAAGUCGUAAGACGACGAAAGGUUCGCAUGGUGUGCAGCAAUAACGAAAAAUACGUUAAAAAUCUAGAUAUCGUGCGUAAAUGCGGAUGUACAAAGAAAUGCUACUGACUGAAAGAUGCGACUACCCAAUUAUUAAAUAAUAGAAGCUUAGAUGUAAAUUUAGAACAAGAUACCCAAUUAAGUAGUAGUACUAGUAGUAGUAGUAUAAGUAAUAGUAAUAGUUAUGAUAGUAAUUUAAAAAUAAAUAUAAAUAUUAAUUAUUUCAAUAAGGACGAUGAUAAACAUAGUGAAAGUACUGAUGAGAAAAGUGAUAGUAGUAGGGCAGCAAUAGAGGGCGAUAGUAAUGAAAAGAUGCUAGAAGAAGGUUGGGCACAAACCACCGACAGUUAUGCCGACGGAGACGAAAGAAUGCAAUCAAAUCCGAGUACGGACUUUUACGAUGACAAUGACUAUGAUGAUGAGGAAGAAGAGGACGAUGAAGAGUAUAGUGAAGAAACUGAAACAGAAACAGCUGAAAUGCCAAUAGCAGCUAAACGAACGGCAAAAAUCGACCAAGAAGAAGAAGAAGUCGAUUUGGGCUAUGAUGAAGAUGAUGAGCCACCAAAGCGUUUGCCACCACAGGGAGAUCAAAAGGAUUUCAUGAAUGAAGAAGGUAGUGGCAGACGAUAUAAACAACAAAGUAGAUUUAGGUUAGACUAUCUAGAAAAAUUCAAAAGAAAACAACAAAAGAUCUAUAGAGCCGAUGAGGGCGACGAUGGUGGCGAAGAUGAUGAUGACGACGAUGAUGAUGAUGGUGAGCCUAGACGAGAAGGUAGCGGUAAUUUUGCCAACGACGACGACGAUAACGAAGACGACGACGACGAUGGUGGUGGUACAAAUGACGAUUUCUUCUCCUCCAAGAGAAAGUCAAAUAGUCGAUAUUUCCGAAAAAAUACCAACGAUGCUAUUAAAAUCAUAUCAACUCCAUUAGGAAAAGUUGGUAUUGUCUACCAACAGACACCACCAGAACAACCUAAGAGCGAUGAUACUGCAUCUGGUACUUCAUUGAGUUCAAGUAAAACACAAUUUACCGACUUUGACGCACUGUCACCAGCCGACCCCAAUACCCAUCGUCGGGCGUCAUUGCAUCCGAAAAUCACACCCGUACUCACAGCCGAUGGCAAGGUUGCCCUGCUUUAUCGUGGAGACUCUGAAAACACAAAAUACGAACCUAUUCUUAAUCUAACACAUAAGUUUAAUCUCUAUGACAAUAAGACAAGUGCUGCUACUAUUGCUCCAAGCAAUACCGACGCUGAUAAAGAUGAAGACGAAGACCAAAGUAAUCAGGAUUCUGACGGGAGUGAGGUCGAUGCUAGCUUGGAUGGUGACGAGGAGGAUAGUUCGGAUGAAAACUCCGUCACCGAACAAGCUGCACCGACGCCACCACCUGUCAUCGAUAUAGAUCGAUCGAAUUCUGUUUUGCCGAUGAUAAAUCGGCCACUGUCCGAAGUGCUGGGCAUUAAAAAGAAUCAAUUUAGACAGUUUCGAGUUAAAGACUCGCCAACAACCACAACAACAGAACCUCCAUUUGGGUUGCAUUUCCUGACGAAAAAAGUCAAUAUGGCUAAUUAUCCAUCAAAAUCACGAAAUCAUGAUUUUGAUUUCAGUCAAGACACAACUAUGUUGGAUGAGCGCAAGCGAAACCACAAUCAACCUCAAUAUCCUGCAGCUAGUGAAUCGCAAAGUGACAACAAUAAUGCACCCGAUCAUACAGAUGCAUCUUCAAUUGCCACUCAAGAUAUCCUCUCAAAGACAGAAGUUGUCAAUCUUGCCAUUAUUCCACACUUUGAUGAGGAAUUCGAGAGGCAACAACGAUUCCGAGAUCAUGAGAUUAGGCGUCAUCAUAGACAACGUCAUCGUCAUAAGCACAAUCAACAAGAUUUGUCUAGUAUUCACUGCAUUAUGCAGGCCACAAUGGGUAUUGCUGCCGUUUCAACUGUCUUUGGCAUGCUAGGUACCUUCUUUAAGCAGCGAGUUCUCGAUCAAAUUCGUCUGAUGCAUUGGUAGUAUCACAAGGGUAUUCAACUGUAGCUGCCAUUACAUUGAAUACCCAUUUAUAGUUUCCGUUAACAACACCAUCAACAACUAACAAAAGGAGAACUACCCAGUUGUUUCAACAAUUAAAACAAAAAAAAAAGUGAUCCUCGUAUUCUCCCUACUAAUUGAGUCUCAAUUUGUGAGGACUUUUUCAAAAUCGAAUUUAAACAAAAACUAAAAAAAACUUUUGUCUCACUUUGUAACUGUUUAUUCUUCCUUUUUACUCUUUCUCUCUCUAAAAACUCCAAUCCAACAAUCGCCUCAAUGUCGUAGUUUUAGUCAUCGCAUUCACACCCACAAUACAUUUUGUCUUUUCUACAACAGUGUAGUGCUUUCGAAAACCAUAUUUACUCGACUCAAAUGUGUAAUUUUGAGUGAAAACUUGAGUUAUCAAUCAAAACAAUUGAGUUGCGAAAGUAUGAUUUUCAACGGCCCAAACUGUUAAGAAAUCGACUGUUAACUUCUUUUGCAUCCAGUUUGCUUUCUCUGAAAAAAUUGUACUCUUUUUGAUUUCCACUCAAGUUUUGAGUGCAAAUCAAACUGAUAAAUAAAUUAUUGAGUGAAAACUGGCUUUGAAAGAAUUAUAAACCACAUUAAAAUGUCCUUUUAAUUGGAAUAAAUAAAUACACCCUUAUCUUAUCGAGUUUUAUCGAUACAAAACAAAAAAAAAAUCAUUAAUGUAUUAGUAAGAAAAAAAAACAAAUAAGUGCUCGUGCAAUAAAAACAAAAAAAAAAACUCAACACAAAAAGCAUAACUGUUGACCUGUUGUGAGCCUUCCCUUCAUUCCUUCCGGUAUUUAAAAAUAAAAUUAAAACAAAAAAGAAUUAAAAAUUUUAAAGAAAUCGGAACAAAUAUUGGAAUCACACUCAUUCAAGUACACUGAAAAAAAAAUUAACAAAAUGACUGUUUUUUUUUUUUAAAUAAUUGAACAAAUUUUUGUAACUUAUUUUGUUAUAAAAUUGUAAUUAGAGACCAAAAAAAAAAAACAAAAAAUGAUAAAAAAUCAGAAAUCGAAAUGUAAUAAGAUAGUAUUUAUUUAAUUUUGUAUUGAAUCCUUAACGUUAAAUAAGAUACAAAAAAAAAUCGUGUUCUAAACAGAUAAAAAAAAUUAAGUCCUUAAGAAAAAAAAAAAAACACAAUUUUAACAUUAAACAUCUAAGCUGGGUAGUC